GUUUAAAAUUCUAUUAAAAAAAAUAGUUUAAUUUAACAUAUUAUAUUAUUUAUCAUUUAAUUAAGUUUCAUUCAAAGAGUAUUUUUGUUUUAAAAUUAUUUUACAUUAUUACCAUUUAUAUUGACUAAAAUAAUUAUUAAUUAUAAUUACCACUUUUAAAUAACAACAUGUCUGAAUUAAAAGUUAACAGUGAAGACAUAGAAAUUGUAUUUCAACGGCUUAGAGCAUUGCCAGCCAAUAAAACAUGUUUUGACUGUAAUUCAAAAAAUCCAACAUGGUCGAGUAUAACAUAUGGUGUGUUUAUAUGUUUGGAUUGUUCUGCAGUACAUAGGAGUUUGGGAGUUCAUUUAACUUUUGUGAGGUCUACUCAAUUAGAUACAAAUUGGACAUGGUUACAAAUGCGGCAAAUGCAAUUAGGCGGAAAUUCAAAUGCUACAGUUUUCUUCAGGCAACAUAAUUGCAUGUCUAAAGAUGCACAACAGAAAUAUAAUUCCAGAGCUGCUCAAUUAUAUAGAGAUAAACUCUUACAAAGUGCUAAACAAGCAAUGAAAACUUAUGGAACACAGUUAUUUUUGGACCAACCACACGAAACAAUUGAAGUGAAGCCAAUAGAUUUUUUUGAACAACAUACAACUAAUGUUAAUUCAUUUAAUGACAACUUAAGUAACAAUUUUAUGCCCUUUAAACAAGAUAAUGGUGAUACAACAUUUCAAGGAGGCACUAAAAUCUUAAAUGAUGCAGCUCAAAAAUCAAUAGAUCAUAAAACUUUAUUAGGUGGUCGUCAAGCACAUAGUAAAAGAUCUGGUUUGGGAGGAAAAAGAUUAGGCAUGGGUGCUCAGAAAAUACAUGCUAAUUUUGCUGAUAUAGAAAAAGAAGCAGAAUUAGCUGAUAAAAUGAAAUUUAGUGAACCAGAAAAAACAGUAAAUACAGAAAAAUCUAAUGAAGACCAAGAAACUCAGAUGUCAUCAAUGAGGUUAGCAUAUCAUGAUUUAAGUUUAAAGAAAAAUAAAGAAGAGGAAAAAUUAAAACAAAUUGAUCCUAAAAAAGCUGCUCAAUUAGAAAGACUUGGUAUGGGAUUUACUUCAAAAAAUAUUGUUAGUCAUUCAGCAUUAAAUGAUAUGACAGCACUAGAUAAAGAAGUAAAAAAACAAACUACAUUAGACCAUAAUGAAGAUCAAUUUUAUGAUUGUUUUGAUGAAGAUAAAACUCCUGAAAUGAUUUUAAAAAUGAUGAACAAACACCAUCAAAUUACCAGUGAUGACUUUAUGGACUUUGAUGAUUCUAUUAAAAAUUCAAAAUCAUCAUAUAUACCAUCCACUAUUGAUGUCAUUAAAAAUGAUUGGGAUAAUAUAAAACCAGCAAAAAAAGUAAACAAAGAAGUUGAAAAUGAUAAUUGGGACUCUCUUAAUGAAAGCUCUAAUAGAAGACAAGGUAGAAAUAAUAGAUUAACAAAUGUAGUGUCAAAACCUACAGAAAAUAAUGAAGCUUUUAAAAAAUUUGGUGGAGCUAAAUCAAUAUCAUCUACUCAAUAUUUUGGUGAUAAUCAAACACAAGCUGAGAAAUCAAAUCUUUCCCGUUUUGAAGGAAGUAAUAGUAUUUCGUCUGCUGAACUAUUUGGCAGAGAAGAAAUGACAGGUGUCAAUUCUACAUACCAACCGCCAGAUUUAGAUGAUGUUAAAGAAAGUGUUAAACAAGGUGUGACAAAAGUAGCUGGUAAAUUAUCAUCUCUGGCUAAUGGCAUGAUGUCAUCAUUUCAGGAAAAAUACGGAGGUUAUUAAAAUUGUCGAUGUAUUGCAUAUAAUAAGAUAUAUCUAAUAAAAUAUUUUUUAGUAUCAAUUUUA